AUGGAAAAAAAAAAAAAUUUGUGAGCUAGGAUAAGGAGUCUUUUCCUAAAUGAAGUCCUCGCGGAAAAGGAAUACAAGGCAGCCAUGGACGUCAAGGCUUGGGUUUUCUCCGGCCAAACAAAGGCGCAAACCUACUCUAUCGAUACCGAGGUGUGUUCGGUAUUUAAGUGGGUGUGUGAGAUAAACACAAUUUCUCUUUUGUCCGUCAGGACAUCCAUGAAAAGAGGAAGAAAACCCAAGGGUCUCAACAACCUUAAAGUCCACAAAGAAGCAGACCAACUUGGAAAACAGCAAAAUCACUACUUGGGUCCUUCCUUUGUAGACCUCCCAGAGCCUAUCUCGUUUGAUAAUCUGCUAAGACUCUCUACAAAGAGCCUACUUAAAUGCAGAUGUGUGUGUAAGCCUUGGCGUUAACUAAUCUCGGACCCUGAGUUUGCAAGGCUGCACUUCGAGCGAGCAGAGGCGUUUCCUCUUAUUCGAUUCUCGUCCAGUACCUAUGUAUCAAGAAACCUUUACUUGGUUGAGCCACAGGAAGACAGCUCCGGUUUUGAAAGGGAGUACUGCGAUCGUCAUAUGAAGCUUGAAACCAAGUUAAAGAUCCCACUGCGCAAUGCAGAAUUG